AUGAUGCUUAAUCAGAUCAUGGUUUUCCUCAUUCUCGGUAUGGUCAUACCAAUCGUAGUCGGAAAUUUUCUCGGAAAGAGCAAACUCUCCGAUCUCCAUGAGCAGGAAAUCGAACUACGGUUGAAACAACUCAACAAACCGGCCACUAAAUCCAUCCAUAGUCCAGACGGAGAUAUAAUUGAUUGUAUAUGGAUCUACGACCAGCCAGCUUUUGAUCAUCCUUUAUUCAAAAAUCACACCAUUCAGAUGCAGCCGAAAAUUAACUCGAUAAAAGACAAAACAGGAGGUAAUAAGCCCGAUAUUAUACACCAAUUGUGGCGCACAAAAGGUGAAUGUCCGGAGGACACUAUUCCCAUCAGAAGAACAACAAAAGAUGAUCUGUUAAGAUCAGAUUCGAUCGAAAACUAUGGAAGAAAGAGUCCACCACCAACUCUUUAUCACACUGACGGUGCUCAGCCCGAGGAAGUUCAUGAGCAUACGUGUGUUUACGUGGACUAUGGUCAGUUCCAUGGCAGCAAGAGCCGUAUAAGUAUAUGGAAACCAAAUGUUCUAAGGACAAGAGAGUUUAGUUUGGCUCAAACAUGGGUCGUUAAUGGAGAUUGGGACACUGGUUUGAACUCUUUGGAGUCUGGUUGGCAGAUCUUGCAUGCUUUGUACGGUGACAAGAACCCAAGACUCUUCGCCUAUUGGACGCGCGACACAUACCAAGAAACCGGAUGUUACAAUCUUGACUGUCCAGGCUUUGUACAAGUGAGCAGACACAUCUCUCUUGGUGCGGCUCUCAACACUUUCUCAACCUACAACGGUGAACAAUACGACUUCCUUCUAACUAUCGAGAAGGAUCAAGAAACUGGACUUUGGUGGUUGAAGUUUGAGACGUACCUAAUAGGGUACUGGCCAAGCUUUAUAGUCCCCAAGCUAGCAGUCUCAGCAAGAAAGAUCGCUUGGGGAGGUGAAAUUGUGUAUUACACUAGAGGCCAGGGGACACAUACGCUUACGCAAAUGGGGAGUGGCCAUUUUGCCGAGAAAGGAUUUAGGAAGGCUGCUUAUUUCAAUAGCUUAGAGUACAUCGAUACAUCUAACUAUCCGAUCACACCCUCUCCACAACAUCUUGAAGCUACAGUGACUCGGCCUGAAUGCUAUAACCUCAUGGUUGGCUCAAGCCAGAGGUGGGGAACUUACUUUUUCUAUGGUGGACCUGGUCGCAAUCCUCAGUGUCCAUGAAUCACUAGACUAAGCCAAAACUAA